AUGACCAAGACGCCCAAACCCGUGCCCGUCCCCGCCAGCGCCCGCCACCACCGCCACCGCCAAUCCCUCGCCCAGACCCGCCUCGCCAGCGCCUCCACAGGCCUCAAAUCCGUGCGCCGCCACAAGACCCGCACGCCCUCCACCUCCACCACCACCGAGCAGCAGCUCCGCCAGGCCGGCCUCGCCUCGUUCGGCUUCGCAAAAGACACCCCCGCCACCGACACCCCCCAACCGCCGCCGCAGCACCGGGCGAAGCGCCGGAAGCGACUCCCGCGGGAGGAGGUCGAGGUGCCGGAGACGCAGUUCGACCAGAGCACGCAGUCGCCGGAAUUUGAUCACACCAACAACAACAACGACGAUGCAUACUCCAGCCCGCUGUCCUCGCCGCCACCCCUCCCCGACGACGACGACGACGAGGACGUGGUAGGGGCGGGUGCGGCAGGGAGCCAGGCAUCAGUAAGCUCGCGGGCUGCGAUGCCGCCCCCUCCCGUCACGCCGAAGCGGCGGAAGGUGCUGGAGAUCCCGGACUCGAAGUCGCCGCCGGUGACGCCGUUUUCGCCAUACCAGCCGAGCCAGCACCAGCCGGGGAUGCAGGUGCUGUUUUCGCCGACGGGGAGGCUGGGGAGGUCGCCGAUGGGGGGGCAGGUGGAGAAGGGGGUGGAUACAGGGGCGGCGGAGGAAGGGGGGUGUAGUCAGAUGUGGAAGAGGACGGGGAGAAGGUUGUUUGCGACGGGACCGAAGCGGGCGCGGGAGGAGGAGGAGGAUACUGCAAGGCCCCCGGAACCCGCGAAGGAGCCACCCCCGGAAGCUAUAACUACCAGCACAGGCGCAGAAGCACCGGCACCGGCCAACAGGGACAAAUUUGUCAACAGCAGCCAAUGGUGGGAGGUCGAAGAGGACGCCCCGCUGUCCACGCAGGCCACACAGACACAGACCCAGAGCCGGGCCGGCACCGACACCGAGACGCAGGACAGCAUCGCCACCGUGCUCCUCCCCGAGUCGCAGAAGCCCGCAAUCCGGCACGCGCAGGAGCAGGAGCAUGAGCCAGAGACCGAGACCUUCCGUGUAGACCUCACCUACAACGAGCCCGAGCCUGAAGACUUCGAGGCCCCCGAAUCACAAGACCCUACCCGCGCCGCCGCCGGGCAAGACGAGUCCCAGGGCUCCUUCCACAGCAUGACCUAUCCCCCGCCGCACCCCUUCCGCGACGACACCCCCGAGGGCAACGCACCCGCCGAACAACCAAUACCACUCCCAGACGCAGUCGACGACACCGCCAGCGAGGAGGACCCCGAAGAAGACGAAGACGCACCACACUACAAGCCCUACCACACGCAGCAGCUGCCGUCAAGCUUCUGGCAGACCAAUGCCACCUACACCCAGCUCCCACAGCAGAACGAGCUGCUGCUGGGCUCGCAGUGGGCGCCCGAGGCGGUGCGGAGGAAGUAUUCUACGGCGGCGUUGGGAGACACGUCGCAGUGGGUGGCGCCGGAGAUCGUGCAGCUGCCUAAGAGCCCUAUGAAGGAGGAUGUUGAUGUUGAAGAGGAGGAUGAUGGCGAGGAAGAUGAUAAGGAGCCUUCUCAAUCCCUCCCAGGGCCUGAUGACGGCGAGUCGUCGCAGGUGCUUCCCGGAUCGGAGGAGGUGCCGGCUACGCCGACGCAGAUCGAGACAAAGAAGGGGGGGAGGAGGGGGGAGUUCAAGUUCCACAUACCGGACGACGACGAGGAUGUUACGAUUGCGACGAGCCAGCUGUUGCCGAGUGAGUUGAUGGAGACGUUCCCGAUGCCGCCGCCGCUGUCGCAGUUUUCGAGUUAUGGAUAUGGCGAUUUGAGUUUUGAGAGUGAGACGCAGUAG